AUGGACAAGCACGUUCUUUCCGUAGUCGUUGCACUGCUGUUGCUAGUCGCCACCUUUGCUCGAGAAGCCAGCAAUUCGUCAUCGACAGACACUGCUGGCAGCUCGAUAGUCGACGUCUCGUCAAGUCAUGCCAUUGUCAACACUGGAGGCACAGCGCAUCGUAUGACAGUAAAUCCACAAGACCCUACUUCGGAAAGCAGUCUCUCAAGUCACAAAGCUACUGUUGGCGAUGGUGAGUUGCGCUAUCUAGACACCGAUCACCCCCAGGUUCCGUCUGCCUCCAACUUUGAAUCGGUCACCGGAUCGACUACUUCAUCGUCGCCACCACUAUCUUAUGCCAGCUCGGACGCCGACAGAUCACCGACUACUUCACCAGAAUCUAUCUACGAUUUCCACAGCAACGACGCAGGUAUACACGAUCACGGAGCUGGCACCGCCGGGGGCACCUCAAACGAGGAGACUGGAAUUGUUGGAGAUCCUGAAUCUUUCUUAUCGUUACGCUCAUACUCUGAAAGUGCAGCAUCCUCGCUCUACAACGAAUUGUUGACUACUUCUCUCUCAGAGGAUGAAAGAGAAUCUGCCGCUACAAUCACCAUUAUUGAUAGCGCCCCCAGCUACUCCGCAGGCACUGUCACACCAGCAAUUCAAAGCGCUGCACUAGAGCUCUCCACCUCUUCAGACGAAUUGCAGAACACGCCAUCUCCUUCCACAUCCAGCAAAACGGCAACUUCAACGAUUGACCAAGCGACAAACAGUAACCAAGCCGACGAUAAUGACGGAAUCAGUAGCAACUUCACCACCACCAGCAAUGAUAGCCCCGUUGUCUAUGCAAGCGUCGUGCUGGGUGUCGUGGGCCUCAUUGGUGCUGUCAUUCAGGCCAAACGAAAGCACCUCGGCAGCGAUAAGUGGAGGGCUACCACUGAGGUGGUGACGCCGCACAUGCCCCGUGGAACCGCAUGGGUGCAUUCAGAUGAUACUCAAGUACGCGUAAUUAUCGACAAAAACAACAUCGCUCUGCUCUAG